AUGAAGAGCAUUACCCUUCUUUCAAUCGCUGCGGUACUUCUGCCCUCAGUCUCAGCUCAUUACCGCUGGACAUCGCUUGUGGUAGGAUCCACCAUCACCACUGCCUACGAAUAUGUCCGCCAAAACACGAAUGACAACUCUCCUGUGACAGACGUGACUUCUACCGACCUACGCUGCAAUGUUGGUGGACUCGCAUCCGGAGCAACAACCUCAACCUAUACCGUCUCCGCUGGUUCAGUUGUGGGACUGGCUCUUGAUCAAGCCAUCUACCACCCUGGUGUCGUCAAUAUCUACAUGGCCAAAGCUCCAGCAAACGUCUCAGCAUGGGAUGGCUCUGGCGCAGUCUGGUUCAAGGUUCACGAGGUCACCGCCAUUACCAAUGGUGGCACUUCCAUCUCCUGGCCCUCGGUCGGCAUGAGCCAGGUCACAUUCACUCUGCCAGCGUCCAUUCCCGACGGACAGUACUUUGUCCGCGCUGAAGAUAUUGCCCUCCACGUCGCAGAAAGCUACGGCGGUGCCCAGUUUUAUCUCUCCUGCGCACAGAUCAACGUCCAGAACGGUGGGAAUGGAACUCCCGGACCUCUCGUCUCCAUCCCUGGUGUUUACACUGGGUACGAGCCUGGAAUCCUCAUUAAUAUCUAUAGUCCCAUCCCCGCCAACUACACUCAACCCGGUCCCGCUGUCUGGACUGGUUGAGCAGUGUUUGAGCAGUGUUUACCUAUUGAAGCUGCAACGAAACUGCAGCCAUAUU